AUGGAAAUGUUGAAGCAAAUGAAAAAAGACCAAGAAGUGCAAGCUAAAUCUCAUCAAGCAUUGGAAAAGCAAGUUGCCCAACUAGCGACCGAGAUGGCACAAGGGAGAAAAGAUUCGAGUCGAUUGCCUAGUGAUACCACGAAGAAUCCACAGCAUCAAGGGAGUUCGUCUAACGCCAGGAUUAAUCAGGUAAGUAUUCUUCGUUCUGGGAAAGUUUACGAUAAUCAGGUUGGGACUCCUCCCCGGUUGGUUGAAGGUGUUGUGGAGGAGGUUGAUGAGGAAAACGAGUCCGAUGCGGAGCCGGAACCUAUUAGCCCUAAAAAGAAUAAAAAAGAAAAUCUCGAAAAUAAUAGGGUGAUAGAUACUGAACCGGGUGACAAAAAGGAGAAGGGUAUGGAGGGUAAUACCGUACCAUUUCCUACGGCUUUAAUUAAUCCCGAAACAAAAGUUGUUAAUAAACGGGGCCCACAACAGGAUGAGAUGUGGGAAGUUUUUAAACAGGUGAAAAUUAAUCUCCCGUUACUAGACGCAAUCAAGCAGGUUCCGGCAUAUGCAAAAUAUUUGAAAGAGCUUUGCACUCAAAAACGGCACAACAAAUUUCCGAAAAAGAUAGCUUUAACCGAAAAAGUUAGUGCCGUUCUGUCGGGUGAUCUUCCACCAAAGCUCCGAGAUCCAGGUGCUCCUCUAAUCCCCAUUCAAGUGGGUGAAUUUAAGAUGAGUCGAGCCUUGCUGGAUUUGGGAGCAAGUGUUAGCAUCUUACCGGGAAGUUUAUACGAUCAAUACGACUUCGGACCAUUGAAACAAGCCGACACCACCGUGGUGUUGGCCGACUUGACGUUAAAACUACCCCGGGGGAUCUUACGUGAUGUCAUUGUCAAAGUUGACGAGUUUUAUUACCCGGUUGACUUUUUGGUUUUAGAUUAUGUGCAAAUUGAAAAUACUAAACAACCUAAUGUCAUACUUGGUAGACCAUUUUUAGCAACCGCUAAUGCACUAAUCGAUUGUAGAAAUGGUACGGUUGACAUCACGUUUGGAAAUCGUAAGGUCCGAUUAAAUGCUUUUGCCCGUGCAUCUGAUUCUCUAGUCAAUGAUGAAUGCUUCAUGGCGGACAUUAUUGACGGGUGUUAUCCUCACGAAAGUGGGGAAUGCACUAUAGAGACGUGUUUUGUUUGUGACAGGGAUUUGGCAGAAAUAGAGGUGGAAUUGGAAUAUGCGGAAGAAGAGUUGGAGGUGAUGGCUGCUAAGGAAUUGAAGCCGACUUGGACAUAUCAAGUCGAGAAUUUACCGAAUCAUAUUGACACUCAAUUGAAGCCAUCACUUGAGUCACCUCCACAAGUCGAGUUGAAGACAUUGCCAAAGCAUUUGAAGUAUGCUUUUGUGGGCGACAACAACACCCUACCGGUAAUUAUUGCUUCCAAUUUAUCACUUGAACAGGAAAAAGCUUUGAUGGAAGUGUUGAUAGCCAACCGGGCUGCAAUUGGGUGGACAAUCGCUGAUCUCAAGGGGAUUAGUCCAUCCAUUGUUAUGCACAAGAUCAUCACGGAGGAGGGAGCAAAACCGGCUCGAGAUGCUCAACGAAGACUGAACCCAAACAUGCGGGAAAUUGUGAAAAAGGAAGUCUUAAAGUGGUUGGAUGCAGGGAUCAUCUAUCCCAUAUCGGACAGUACUUGGGUGAGUCCGACACAGACGGUGCCUAAAAAGGCGGGCAUCCAGAUUGUUACAGGUGAAGACGGUAAGGAAGUGGCCACCCGGCCGGUAACCGGGUGGAGAAUUUGCAUAGAUUAUAGAAAGUUGAAUGCUGCAACUUCAAAGGAUCACUUCCCACUUCCUUUUAUUGAUCAGAUUGUGGAAAAGCUCGCAGGUCAGAAAUUUUACUGUUUUCUUGAUGGUUAUUCAGGUUAUAAUCAGAUUGCUAUUCAUCCUGAUGAUCAACAAAAGACUACGUUUACCUGUCCUUACGGUACUUUUGCGUUUAGGCGAAUGCCGUUUGGACUGUGUAAUGCCCCGGCCACCUUCUAA